UGCAGUCAGCCGGGCAGUGCGGGGCAUUUUAAAUGCAAUCGCCCCAAGUAAUUUUAAUAGCAAGAGCCCGCGGGCACAGAGGCCGUGCGGCCCCCUUCCAGGAGAUCCCAGAGCCGCGCCGCGGCGUGUAACUGCGUCCCCGAGAAGUCCGACUCGGGAGGGCACGACCGACUCCGCGCGACCCCGUCCCCAGAAGCGCAGGCCCCGCCCACGCUGGGCUUCUGGGCUGCGCGCGCAGCUUCCGGCAGACCCGGAAGUGGGUCCGUGGAGGGGAGGGUCGCUGCGCGCGCAGCUUCCGGCAGACCCGGAAGUGGGUCCGUGGAGGGAAGGUCGCAACGCCGCGCACCUCUCCCAGCAGCCCUAGAAUCCUGUGUCUGUAUAUCUCCUCAACUCUGCUGGGGCAACAGACAGGUAGCUCUACAUUCAUAGUCCCCAUGUGACUUCCUGAGCCCUGGAAAUGGCUUCCUGUACAGCCCACAGAAUCUCAGGUUCUCAUUAUGCUGUUGAUGAUGACCUUGAACUGACUGUGUAUUCAGGCUGGUCUUGAUGCAUUUGCCUCAGGCUCCCACAUGCUGACAUUACAGGGAGAGACCUCCACCCCUUGCUAGGACUAUCUUUUAAAAACUGUUACAGAAGGAAGAAGUGUGGAAGAGGAAAAAAAGGAAAGAAAAGGAGCCCAAAAUGGCUGUUAUUCAGGGUCUGUUGACAUUCAAGGAUGUGGCCAUAGAAUUCUCCCAAGAGGAAUGGACAGACCUGGACCCUGCUCAGAGGACUUUGUACAGGGAGGUGAUGUUGGAGAACUAUAGGAACCUGGUCUCCUUGGGCAUCCAUCGUUUUGACCUGGGUGUUGUUUCUAUGUUGGAGCAAGGGACAGAGCCUUGGAGUGUGGAUGGCCGAGUGAAAGUAGCGAGAAACCUGGAUGAGUGGGAAUCUGUCAGAGAUGUGAACACAGAUACUUCUCUUCAAUCUGUCAUCAAGGAAUUUCCUCCAAAGAGGAAAAGUGAUACAGGAGAAAUGUUCCAGUCAGUAAUGUUGGAAAGACAUAAACUCCAUUGUACUGAAGAAUUUUACUUCAACAAAAUCCAGAAAAAUAUAUGUGAUUUUGAGAUUCAUUGGAGAGAGGAUAAAAGAUCUAACACAGGAUUAUGUGGGAAUCAAAAGGAAAAUUUCACUGAUACAAAGGAUGAAUAUAGUAGAAGGGGUACAGAACAGAAACAUACUAAAAGUUGGUUUGGAGUAAGCUUUCAGUCAUGUCUACCUGAACAACAGCUAUUUGAAAUAGAAAGGAAUAUUAGUCAGCGGAACUACACUGAAGAGUCUAUCAGCAGUGAUUCCUCAGUUUCAUCUCACCAAAGAAAUCCUUCUAGUGUCAAAACAAACAUUUUUCAUGAUGAUAAAAAUGAUUAUCUUGAUUCUUUAUUUUUCACACAAGAAUCGGUUAUGUCCAUUGAUACAGAACCAUACAAAUGGAAUGAGUGUGACAAAUCUUUGAAUCAAAGAGCAUGCUUUGCUAUGCAUCAGGUAGUCCAUGCUGGAGAAAAACAAUUUCUAUGUGAGAUGUGUGGAAAGGUCUUCAGUCAGACAUCACAACUGGUAAGUCAUUGGAGAAUGCAUUCAGGAGAAAAACAUUUCAAAUGUAAUGAAUAUGACAAAGAUUUUACUCAGACUUCACACCUACCAGAUCAUCAGAGAAUACAUUCUGGAGAGAAACCUUUCCAGUGCAAUAAAUGUGGCAAGGUCUUUGGUCACAGUCGCUACCUUGCACAGCAUCUGAUAAUUCACACUGGAGAAAAAUCUUACAAAUGUAAUGAGUGUGACAGGGUAUUUACCCGCAAGUCCCACCUAGCAAAUCACCAGGGAAUUCAUUCUGGAGAGAAACCUUUCCAGUGCAAUAAAUGUGACAAGGUCUUUAGUCAUAGUCGCUACCUUGCACAGCACCUGAUAAUUCAUACUGGGGAAAAAUCUUACAAAUGUAAUGAAUGUGACAGGGUCUUUAGUCAUAGGUCAUACCUGGCAAAUCAUCAGAGAACCCAUACUGGAGAGAAACCUUAUGAAUGUAGUCAGUGUGGUAAACUGUUCAGUCAUAGGACAUCCCUAGCAAGACAUCAAAGAGUCCAUACUGGAGAGAAACCUUAUGAAUGUAACCAAUGUGGUAAAGUGUUCAGCUGCAAUUCACACCUUGCAGAACAUCAGAUAAUUCACACUGGACAGAAACCUUUCAAAUGCAGUGAAUGUGGCAAGGUGUUCAGUCGUAGUUCCCACCUUGCACGUCAUCAUCGCAUUCAUACUGGAGAGAAACCCUAUAAGUGUAAUGAAUGUGGAAAGGUGUUUAAUCAGAAUUCAUACCUUAUAUGUCAUCGAAGAAUUCAUACUGGAGAAAAACCUUACAAGUGUAAUGAAUGUAGCAAAGUAUUCAGUCUAAACUCAUCUCUGGCCCGUCAUUGGAGAAUUCAUACUAAAGAGAGAGCUUAUAAAUGUAAUGAAUGUGGCAAAGUCUUCAAUCAGAUAUCACACCUUGCAAAUCAUUGUACAAUUCACAAUGGAGAGAAACAGUACAAAUGCAAUGAAUGUGGAAAAGUGUUCCAUCAAAUUUCACACCUUGACCAACAUCAUACAAUUCACAGUGGAGACAAACCUUUCAAAUGUAAUGAAUGUGGCAAGGUGUUUAGUCGAAAUUGCUACCUUGCGCAACAUAGGCGAAUUCAUACUGGAGAAAAACCUUUUAAAUGUAAUGAAUGUAGCAAGGUCUUCAGUCACAAGUCAUACCUAGCAAAGCACCAGAGAAUCCACACUGGAGAGAAACCUUACAAUUGUAAUCAUUGUGGGAAAGUAUUUGAUGAAACUUCACACUUUGCCCAACAUCAAACAAUUCACAGUGGAGAGAAACCUUUCAAAUGUAAUGAAUGCGGCAAGGUAUUUAGUCACAAUUGCUACCUUUCAAGACAUCUGAUAAUCCAUACUGGAGAGAAACCUUUCCAAUGUAAUGAGUGUGGUAAGGUUUUCAGGCACAAAUCAUACCUAGCAAGUCAUCAGAGAAUCCACACUGGAGAGAAACCUUACAAAUGCAAUGAAUGUGCUAAUGUUUUCAGGUAUAGGUCAUCCCUAGCAAAGCACCAAAGUAUUCAUACUGGAGAGAAACCUUAAGUAUAAUGAAUGAGUUAAGAUCUUUACUCAAGGAGGAGAAAAAUAGUUAAUAAAUUCAGUGGUAUAGCAGUGCUGUUAGUGUGUGUUGAAGCCUAACUAAGCAUGUCAUCCAUACUGGAAAGUGUCAGGCAUGGUCUGUGAAAAUUCUGAAUUUGGAAUUCAUUGGAUAUUAAAUCCUGAAAACAACUGAGAAAUGUCGCAAAAAGUCUUCAGUUUUUGAGCCUUGGAAAACACUGGACAGUUUCUGUCGGAAAAAUAAUUUUCAUGUGUUUAAUAAGGCAAACCUUGAGUUACCUGUUAACCAUAAACUAAUCCACAGUGAAGAGAAACCAUACCAAUGUGUUGAGUAAAAUAAUGGCUUAAGGUGAAAAUCUGACAUUACUAUGCACCAGAAAAUUCAAACUGGAGAGAAAUCUAACAAAUAGAAUGAAGGUAGCAAGUCUUCAGUAUGCACUCAAUCCUCUGUACACAUCAGAAAAUACAUCAACAAAAACGUUAGAAGAAUGGAAUCAUUUUGGAAAAUCUGAGUUCAGACUCAAUUCUGUACACAUCAGAUAACACAUACUGCAGUAUUAUCAUGGAAAUUAAUAAUUAUGGAUAUUCAUGUAAGUCUCCAAGCGUGUUGUCUCAGCCACCAGCCUGCUUGCCAGUGGAAGCGUUUCUCUUCAGGGAACUCAGUUCAGGAUCUCAGGCUGUCAUCCACAAGCACAGGUAAGGAGAUAGGUCAAGGAAUUUUGCAGGUCUUGGGGAUAUCUGGAGACACCUAUAAAUUUACUUGGGACACUUCAAAGAAUUCUGCUCAUUGAGGUGCAAGCUUGCCAGAGAACUAUAACCACAGGUGCUCAUUGAGAACUUGCACCUGUCCUCUGCCUUCAGUCCAUCCCUAUGAAAGGGACACACUUCUCUUUGGGCCAAAGGUCUUAUUGCACUCUGCUUAAAGCCAGGCACAAUAAAUUCUAUGCCAUGUUGCUUUUGAACAAACCUGGUGGUCUCUGCUGCUUACAUAUGUUACAUUUGGAAGCCAAUACCCCGGAAGGGAGACAAGCUGUUCUUUGAAAGGCUUUAAGUUCUCUUGGUCCUCUCUACCUGCUAAGACCACCUGGCAGUGUCCUCAGAUCAAGGGGCCUGUAGCUGUUCAGCGUCUGACAGAUCGUGCUGGGCAUUUCAGAUUGGGUAAGCCCUCAAUAUGCUUUUUUUUUUCUGGCUGCUAAGAAACCCAGGCAGCUCCCCACUUCCUGUUACUCUGUGCCUUUAAAGCCCCCUUCCUCUUAUUGUGUGGGCAGCUGUUUCUGCUGCUGAAGUUGCUGUCUCUCUUAAACUGAGCCCCCUCUUCAAUGAAACUCCUUCCUUCCUUUUUGUGGUGGACUGCCUCACAGUUCUGCUGUCUUUUAUCCCCUGAGACAGAAAACCUGUCUUCACCUUCCAGGCCCAUGUAACCUAGUGUUAGUCAUGGAUAGACCUUCCCCAGGGAGACUGGCUCCCAUCACUGAUUGACUAAGAAGUAUGACAACUGCCUACUAUCAUUCCUUUGUUUGCUUAUGGCCUUGACUUUAACUGAAGACAUUCAUUUCUUUCUUUUUUUC